AGAAACGCGUAAUUGCAUUUUGAUUAAAUAAUCGAAUCUGAACUGGCUUGUGCCAAAACACUCAACGUGGAGAGAUUCGCGUCCUCCUCAAUCCUUCUUCGACUUUGUUGCUUUCAUCUCGUUUGUUGCAAAAAUGGCCGACAAUGACGAACAAGUUUUACCAAUCCCAAAUUUGGCUCUUCAACAACAUCUGUUCGAGGUGAUACGACCUGGUUCAUCAAAUGCAGCAAAAGAAUCUGCAAAGACUGCUCUCCUCAAAGGCAUCGAAGAGGAUGAAAUGGCACCAUACUAUGCUUCCAUUAUCGACAGUCCUGAACCACAUAUAUCAAAAGCAUUAAAGAGGGACGACGCUUUACUGAAAAAGCUUAAAGCAAAGAAUGAUGAAACACUGGAGCUCAUGGAGAAACAAUUGAAAGUCAAUGAAGAGAAUGAAGGUGAAACAGAAGUCAAUCAAGUGCUACGGCAAAAGGCGGCCUACUUGGCCAAGAUUGGCGACAAAACCCGCGCAGUGGAAGCGCACAAGGUUGCAAUCGAAAAAGCAGCUGGAUUGGGAGCAAGACUUGAUUUGACAAUGGCUUUGGUCAGAAUCGGAUUGUUCCAUGGAGAUCCAAAAGUGACAAUGGACAAUAUCGCUAAAGCAAAAGCACUCGUAGAAGAAGGAGGCGAUUGGGAAAGGAGGAAUAGACUAAAAGUGUACGAAGGAUAUCAUCUUUUGUCAAUUCGUGAUUUCAAGCAAGGAGGUGAAUUGUUGUUGGACGCUUUGUCCACCUUUACAGCUACGGAAUUGCUCGACUACAAUCAAUUCAUCACUCUCACCGUUUUGGCAAACACUCUCACACUGCCUCGUCCGGAGUUGAAGAAGAAGAUCAUCAAUUCUCCCGAAGUGUUGCAAGUAGUUGAUGACAUUCCACACAUUGGCGCUUAUACAAACGCAUUGUAUAGUUGCGAUUAUGCAGCUUUCUUCAGAGCUUUGGCUGAUGUUGAACAGACACACUUGCUCACAUCUCGUGUAUUGGCACCACAUGCACGCUACUAUGUCCGUGAGAUGCGUAUCAUUGCUUAUGCUCAACUUUUGGAAUCUUAUCGCUCUUUGACAUUGGACAAUAUGGCAAAUGCAUUUGGCGUUUCAGCUGGAUUCAUUGAUGCAGAGCUUUCACGAUUCAUUGCAACAGGACGAUUGCCUGCAGUGAUUGAUCGUGUACAAGGUGUUGUGGAAACACGCAGACCUGAUCUUUUGUCGGGAAGCUACAGCAAGUUACUCAAGGAUGGAGACUUGUUGCUCAACUCUUUACAACGUCUCAGUAGACAAGUUUUGUAAUCUAACAAAUGUAUUCAAUCCA